CCCGUGAGGGCGGAGCUAGAGUGGUCUGAUAGAGCCUGAGCGCCGCUCGUUCACAUCAGGUUCACACACACAGAUCACUGCAGCACGAUGGAUAGAGGAUAUUCUUCAGGUUUCUCUGGAUGGGGAGGAUCAGGUGGUGGAGGAGGAUCAUCCAGAGGCUCAGGUGGUUAUGAUAUGUACGGCUAUAAAGACUCAAUGUCAGGCGGUGGUGGGUACGGUGGUGGUGGCGGGUACGGCUCCGAGCGGAUGAAGAGAGGUAUGUCUGGAGGAUCCCUGCUGUCCAGCGGCGCCAACGCAGACGCCGUCAUCGCCAAAAUCAACCAGCGGCUGGACAUGCUGACACAGCUGGAGGGAGGGAUGAAGAGCGGCUCACGAGGGGACAGGUUUGACCAAUACGAGUCUUUCGACUCGCGCUCCGCCUCCAUGGGCCCUCGAGAUCUCUACAGAUCUGCUGGCUACGGUUACAGCGACUCCCGGGGCGACAUGAUGGCCCAGCGCGGAGGCUUUGGGCUCAUGGGUGGAGCCGGAGGGGGCGGAGCCUUUGAUGGCUUUGGAUCUGGCAAAAUGAGGCCGACUCGAGACUCCUUCUCGGGCUCUGGCUGGGGGGCGGGGCAGAGAUCCCCACGCAGGGGUGGAUCAGCCGGGGGGCGUGGCUUUGGCCGCAGGCAAGACUCCUCUGGGGGAGGAGGUGGGCGUGGCGGAGGCCAUGGCCACUCCCCUGGUGGCCGAGGAAAGCUGCCCUCGCUGCUGGGCCAACGCAUGUACCCUGACAGCGGGGCCUUCCAGCCCCAGCGCGGGCCCCAGGACUUCCCCGUGCGGAACUUCGGAGGGGGCCCGAGGGCCAACCGGCAGCGUGGCCGCAAGAGACCUCUGAACCGACAGCAGCAGGUCAAGUCUCAGCGUGAAGGACAGAAGAAGCGGAAGCAGACUCUGAGCGCCGGCGACGAGCCCGAGUCCAAGAUGGGCAAAACUGAGGCUGCUGGAGAAAAGACGACCGAUGCAGGAGAGCAGAAGCAGGAGUCUGAAGAGAAGAGAGAUGCUGCUGACGUGAAAGCGGAGGAUGGCGGAGAGAGUGGCGUUGCAUCCAAUCAGGACGAGGGUGCCAAGGCCAAAGGCAAGCAGAAUACGCCCACAUUGGCCAAAAUCAGAAAGAGGAGGGGCUUCUUUGAAAGGUCAGCCGUCAAAGGGGUGAUCUUCGCCUGCUCCAUCUGCAAGUUUCGCUCCUUCUACAAUGAGGAUAUGAUCGCUCAUAUGGAGAGCAAGUUCCACAAGGACCACUUCAAGUAUCUGUCCAAUCAGCUGUCUAAACCCACCACCGACUUCCUGCAGGAGUAUCUGAAUAAUAAGUAUAAGAAGACGCAGCAGCGCGUGUCUCAGAUGGAGAACCACAGCGGCUUCGUCUGCCAGAUCUUCAAGGACCAGGACCUGACCCGCGACAUCGGCAUGGAGCAAUUCAUGAGGAAGGUGGAGGCGGCGCACUGCUCGGCCUGUGACGUCUUCAUCCCCAUGCAGCACAUGCUGAUCCAGAAACACCUCAAGUCACAUGACCACAACUAUAACCGCAAGGGUAUGAUGGAGCAGUCUAAGAGGGCCAGUCUGUCAGUGGCACGCAGCAUCCUCAACCACAAGGUCAUCGGCAAGAAGCUGGAGCGCUACCUGAAGGGGGACAACCCCUUCAGCGGGAACCAGGAUGAGCAUGACCCCGAGGACUCCAUGGUGAUGGAUGUGUCAGAGGCCGACCUCACCGCCGAGAGCCUGGGCGAGGCCAAACAGGAUGAGGAGGAGCAUGCAGCUGAGGGGGCGGACCCAGAGGCGGAGUCUGCUGCUGAAGUGGUUGGGAAUGGGGAGGAGCAUGAGGAAAUGAAGAUGGAAAUGGGCGGAGCUGCAGAUGAAGAUGAGGAGGAGGGGGUGGAGGGGGUGGAGGUUGGUGAUGAGGAGGCGGAGCUUGCAGAGGAGGGCGUGGCUGUGGGUGAGGAGGAGGAGGAGCUUACAGAAGAAAACGCUGAGGCUCCAGCUGCUGAGUAAACCCCAGUGUGUGUCCAUCUGGAGAGUCUUCAUCCUUCACCUGUGAACUUUUCUAAACCCUGACCCCGAGUCAGCUCCCGAAUCCCAGAAUGCACUCUGCAGCCGAGGACCAAUCAAAAGAAAGCCGUCUCGUGUUCAUCCAAUCGCCCGGUGUUGAUUGGUGUGAUUGAGCGUCAUGUGACUGUCGCUGUGAGCCUGUGUUUCCUUUACUUUAGUUUUAACUGUUUGUUUUGGAGUCUGCAGCAGAGAGAGAGCGAGAGCAGAUCCUUUUACUGUUUCCAUUGUUCUUCUCUUGUGUUGAGGAAAUAAACCUUUCUAAAGUCACA